AUGGCGUACGCCCAAUCAUGGCUCGAUUUCGAAAAGGCCAGCGGUGGUCGGAUGGUCAUGCAUGGAUCUCCUCAAGACUUGAGGAACAUGUACGAUCAAUUGGUGGCCAUGCUGAUGCCACAUAUGCCUCCCCCAUCAGAUGCGGUCGAGGCCACUAACGGCGACGUUGAUGGCAUCAAGUACCGCGUCUACAAGCCCAAGGAAGCAUCCAAGUCGGGCCCUCUCCCAGUUGCCAUCUGGACCCAUGGUGGAGGCUGGAUGACGGGCGAUCUCGAUUCAGACGACGUCUUGUGCAGGGUCGUUGCCGAGCAUGCCCCUUCGAUCGUCGUCAAUGUUGACUAUCGACUUUCGCCCGAGCACAAGGUGCCUACACAGCUUGAGGACACUUUGAAGGUCUUUCGAUGGGCUCACCAAAACGCAUCAUCCAUCGGAGGAGACCCCAACAAGUUCUACACCGUUGGAGGCUCUGCCGGUGGUGCCCUCGCUUUGCAAGUCGCCAAUCGACUGGUCAAGAAACCAGAGACUCGCGGCUUUAUCAAAGGUAUCGCUGCGAUUGUCCCUUGCACUCUUCACUGGGACAAUGUGCCUUCGGAGUACCAGGCAAUAUACAAAUCCUACGACGAGAAUAAGGAAGGAGUUCCUAUCAUCGACAAAGAGUCCAUGAACAUCUUCUAUACUCACGCCGAGGUCGACCCCAAGGACAGCGAUAUUUUCACCGCUCUGGCCACCGACAACCACCAGAACUAUCCCCCAACCUAUUUUGCCAGCUGCGAAAAGGACCCUCUCAGAGAUGAUGCCUAUGUAAUGGAAGCAGCCCUGAAAAAGGCCGGUGUUCCCACCAAACACGACCACUACAAGGGUCUGCCACAUUAUUUCUGGAUCAUGCCUUCUGUCCCCGAGGGGCAACAGUUCGUUGGAAACCUUGUCGGAGGUAUCAAGUGGUUGAUUUCCCAAAUGUAG